CCGAGAUCAAACAUGGCCGCCAAUUUCAAAACAACAACAAAAAUAAAAUGUGUACUUAUGAAAUAAAACAUCUUUCAAGAUCUAAUGGAUUCAAAGGGCCUCCAACUACGCUAUUCUGGUGUCCAUUUAGGCAUUGAUGAUGUGACUGAAGAAGUUGCAUAUUCUGCAUUACCACAAUAUACAAGGAUGGACGGGGCAGCAUCUGGUCAUCAUAACCAGACGGGCUCUACCAAUGACAGUGGAAGGGAUGACAGCUCGAACCAAGUUUCUUCACCGUCUGCUCAUCGAGGAUUUUCUUCUGACGAGGGAUCAGGAUGGAGAUCAGAAACAGAAACCUCAGAUGGUAACCUUAGUUUGUCACAGUACCCUUUGGAUGACAAGUCAGGAUAUGACUCGGCUCAUGAUGGUGGAAGUAUUAAUGAUGAGGCCUUGUCUACCGCUAUAACAGAAGUAUCUAAGGACUUUAUCUCAGGGAAUUUCUCCCCCAUGAGGUGUGUGGUGGGUUCUGGGGACAGUGACAGCAACUCGGAUGGAGACCAUAAGGGGUCGACUGGUGAUCCCAGGGGGGCUGUUUAUGCUAAUUACCCGGAAUCCGCGACGGGGAUGUCGGAUGUCGAAUGGAACCCUUAUGAAUCAGACUAUAACCCUGAACCAACCCCAAGGUCACUUGAAGGUGAAGGUCCUGCAAGAAACCCAAUGUUAGACACAAUGGCCUCUGUAAAUACACAGAGAGGCAAGGACUCUGGGUACCACAGCACACAGACUGUUAAUACUAUGGCUAGUGCUUUAUCCAACACUGACAGUGCUCCGAGUGCUAAGUCAGGCUCUGACACUGGAUCAGGUGAAGACUCUGACAAAACCAGCGGAUCUUCCCAACCUUCUACCCAGCAGUUUUAUGCAAUAUUUUCUGACCAAAGUCGUGAUGGAGGCAUGCAGGUGCCAGGGGGUCAAGGUUAUGAAAGUCAAAGGUUAACCAGGAGAGAUUCGGGAGAGGCCCUACCAGAAUUCAAAUCAGAAAAUGGACAAAGAAAGUCUGAUGCGCCUACUCUAGUUUUGAGGCGAUCAUUGGAGGAGAAUGACAGAAAUUCUGGUUCAGAUAAUAAUCACAGGUCUCAAGGUCGAGAGUCAAAAUCUCAGACGAGUUCUGUAUCUGAUUCUAGGUUAGUAGGUAGCAAACCUGGUGAGUCAGGUUUGAAUGAUGCUCUGAAGAAGUCUUCAUCAGCAGCAGACUCAGAAACGGGACAAAAACGGAAAGAUGUUGUGUAUGUUCCAGUACUUGACAGAGAACGUUUGAUAGGGCUGCCUCGCGCCGACUCGGAAACACAGAAAUCAGAAAAUUUUCAGAGUGUGACGUCAGAAAACGGUCAUCGUCAGACAAUGACUGCACCCCUAGCAACUACAGAUACUGCCACUACAACUCAAGGGACAGAUACGCAGUCCCGCAGUGACAUGUCACAUCGUGUCGCAAAACUUCUUGAUGAUGCCAGUUCAUUAGGGGCUUCUCUUCAUAAACAAUUGUACAGUAGAGAGUCGUUAGGUCUUGGUGACGGCGACCAGCACAACAAAGACAGACCGUUACUAGAUUCUAGACCACUAGGGACCAUGGAUAGGCCAUUACUGGAGUCUAGACCACUAGGGUCCAUGGAUAGGCCAUUACCAUGUCCCAUAGACUCUAGACCACCUCCACCUCCCUACGAUGUAGUCCAGGCCGAGAGAAAGAUCGAGGAAGUGAAGGAAAACCUGGAGAGUCAGUCUCGAAGUCUUGGUUCCUUAGGGUCAAAUACGGAAAAUUUGUCAAAAUCUGAACAGAGCAUGACCUCUUCCCUCGGUGAAGAAGUGGCUAAACUGCUGGUGAAGGGAGAUUCUGCUAGUGCUGGCAGUCUGAAGCUUGACCUCAAGUCUGUGACAGAGGAAAGGGACCUCAGUAAUGAAAGUGCUGCUGAAUUGGAGUCUUUGCAGCGCUACUAUCGACAAGAACGAGAGACUGAGAGGCUUCUUGAGGAGACGCGUGCUCGUCUUAAUUCAGAUCGCAGUACGGAUUCAGGAGAUUCUCUUGGUCAAAGAGUCCAGAAUGUUUUAGCAAAAACAGCAUACGUCGAAAAAAUGCAGUACCCACCUCCGGAACAAACACGACAUAGCGAUAAACCAUUUAAUGGUAAUCCUGUACAAAUAGACUACUCAAUGUUACAGAGGGACCUUCAGGACAUUCAGAAUAGCCUCCACCAUCAGGUAGGGGAGACCGAGUACAGCAGUCAGCUCCGAGGUCUAGAGGCCCAGAUAUGGACAGAAGUGGUGAAAGUUUCUCUUCAAAUCCCUGAGAGUGCACGAAACCGUAAACUCCUCUGGGACCAUGCAGCUGACUUUGGAAUAAAUGUCAGUGGGGCAGGGGUGUUCCUUGGGACUAUGAAAAACGACACAGAAACCGAAACUGAUACACUAGGUCUGACUGCACUUGGGGAAUCCAGGCCGAACACAGACGAUGAGAGGCCGUCGCCCGAUCACGGACGCAGGAAAGUGGAUAUUGUAGGUGACCAACUGGAUUCGGAACCCGAGCUGGAUGCGGAUGGUCGGCCAAGAAACCUUGCACCUGAUGUGGAGGAGAUUAUUAGAAAGUAUCAGUCUAAGAAAGGAGAUGAAGAGGCGUUGGACACCUCUGGCUUGGCGAGUCGUGUUUUCACCAUUCUCACUAAAGAACCACCCCAGAAACAAGUGUUUGGUAUACUGGAGGAAGCUAUGCAACAGGAACGAGUGAUGAUGGAGAGGAUUGCUAACCGGCCAAAGAUGGACUCUAGCUACGACAGCUACGAAUCCCCAAACGGCAGUUUUAUAGUUCGUGACAGGGACAUAAAGAAACAACUGGAGUGGUCGCAGAUGAGUUCUUUGAACGGAAGUAUGCAUCCUGACAAAACAGCUGCAUCGGAGUUGUCCUUCCUGAAGGGCGGCAAGCAUGCGCCCUUCAAUGCCCUUGGGAAUGCGGAAAAGUACCUAUCGUCUCAGAUCCAGAAAACUACUGACCGUACGUUUGACCAUAGUAUAAACCUACGGACACCAUACCGUCAGGUCAUCGACUGCUACCCUGUGUACCGUGACAACCAAGGGCAGGUAACUCCAGGCGUCACCAGAGAGGCAUGGCAAGACCAGGGUGCAAGUCGGGGCGAUACAGAGAGCAAAGAUGAAGAGGUUUACCGUGAAUUGGAACCAUCACCAGCGCGACCCUCGAGGGAACUGGAACUCAAAGAUACCGUAACACCACAGCUUGCCAAUGAACGUUUUUUUCUUAAUGAAUUGGACAACAGCCCGGUCCAGCAGCGGGACCAACAACGACGCUACAGUGACCCUCGUGACCUCUCGCCUGACUUCAGGAUUAGUCCCGACAGGGAACGACAUAUCAGAAGUAGGUCGGAGGAGGCAGCACCGUUAGGUCAUGACAACAACUCAACUUCGCCAACUGAUCGCAGAUUUUCUUCAUCACCGCACGGAGAAGAUGGUCGUCCUUCCAGUAGUAAGAGCGCCCGUCUGUCGCGAUCUGGAAGUAGUGACCGUCAGGAAACUUACGGAGGCAACAGUCCACAGCAUGCUCGUAGAAAGAAAAGAUACCGUCGUCAUCGCAGAGAGGGCAGUCCAUCCAGCAGUGGAGGUGUGAUUUCACCCAACGACUCUGACAACAGUUCACGUCGCCGGGAGGGCUCAAGGCUCCGCCCAUAUAGACCCUACGGGAGCCGUGACCUGUACUAUACCGAGGACAAUGACGACUCUGGGUCACUGAUGGACAGCAUCGCCACAGUAGAAAGUACACACACAGCUGUAAAUUCUACCAUGGAAAGCUCACACUCAGGUUCCGAUGACGCGAUUGGGCCAUCAUUCCCUUCCCAUUGCCUGGGAUCAAGACUGGACGGCCCUAAAUCUGGCGGUAUCUACAGUAAUCACAAACCUUCAUCUGAUGGACUCUCCACUAUUGAGGAGAAAUCCUUGGUGGAUGACCGGGAUAAGUCUGGGACAGACAGUGGCUUAGACAGGAGAUCCAUGCAUUCCGGCAAUUCAAGGGGAGAUAACACUGUUUCAACAGAACAACGUCCAGACAGUGGCCUUGAACUCCUCUCAGGUCGUCCCGGGAGACAGGAAAGUGACCAGGAUGAGGUUGUGCCAUACAGGAGCUCAAAACCAACUUCUGCGGACCUUCGUUCACGGAGUGAUCUGCCCUUGAAAGACCGAGAAUAUCAAGGGAGUUACAAUCCCUCCAGACUGGCAUCAGAAAGUCAGCACAGGGAUGAACGCCGUCUGGUGCCUGGGGAUGACUUCCUUGGCAACCGAUUCGCAGCUGACACAGGAACCAGCAGUCAUAGAUAUAGAAGUAUUGGAUCAGAUUAUUCAGGACUGACCUCCACAGAGACGCGACCCAAGGAGAGAAUUAACAGUGGUACAGAAAGUAAAGACGAUCCCCUGUCUGUCACUACAAGGUCGGACCCUGGCGACAUCUUCACCCCACACCCAGGCCGGGAGGGUGACCUGUCUGUCUACCCUUUGGACAGGUACUCUGAAGGAAGGAACUACUACCAACAGGACCCUGUCGGGGCCACAAGGUCAAGGUCAAAGUCAGAGACAGAUCUUAUUGCCCUCAGUCCAGAGAGUCACAGGAAUUCCUCACCAGUUCACAACACAAGGUUAAUGGAGUUGUCAUGCCAACCAUCUCCAAUUUUCUCUCAUCAUACGACAAUGGAUUCCCCAGCGAUUGCUGGCGGCAGGGGAAGCCCCAAGCCAGGUCAAGCCCAGGAUCAUAUGGCAAAGUACAUGGAAGAGAGGCUUCAACAGAGAUCUUUGGAGAGAGGAAAAGACUAUAAAGAUCUAGAGAAAUUUGAUCCUUUGGACAAAGAAAUUGAUUACAAUCCUAGAUUGAGGUCAAGGUCACUUGAACCAGGAGAACAUUACAGAGAACUAGAUGCAAGAGACAUCUAUCAGCGCCCGUCUGCAAGAGAUAACUACCACUCUGAUAGGGAGAUCUAUCAAAAUAGACGAGAGACUGGACGGGGCACAUCAGAUAACGGUGGUAUUGAUGGUCGGUACAGAUCAAGGGGAGAUAAUGCACCAGUAGAGUAUGUCACCCAGGCUGAGCGUCAGCGACUCAUGAGUCCAUCGUGGGCAAAUCAAAACCAGGGCUGUGGCAGAGUUGAGGUCACGGCCACCUACUGUGAUAAAACUGGACAACCAGUGGACCGAGGCUACAAUCCAGGUGCUGACCACCCACUUGAACCGCGGAUAGACAGACCUCUUGAACCAGGCCCAGGGCUGAUAGCCCGACCCUUGGAGCCAGGGGCAGAUUUCGCUGAGGUGAUGGGUAGGAACUCGGACCGCGAUAAUCCUCGAGGAUCUGCUUACACGGACCCAGAGGGAGAUGGGCAGUUUAGGGAGCUUGAGCAGCUGCCUGAUUCUGACUUUGAGGAUGCUAUAAAUGAGGAGAAAGAAAAACUGCUGAAGGAGAAACGGGACAAACUGAUCAGGGACCUGGAGAUGAAAGCCAGGUCUCAACACAAAUUUGUUCCCUUGGUGGACGAUGAGAGUGAAUAUGAUGAAGAGUUCGACAAGAGGCCUCCCAGCAAGCGCGUUGUCAUCCUUCGUGAGAGUCUUGAGAAGGAAUAUCGUGAGUCAGUCCAUCCAAACAUCAACGACAUGUGGCAGAGGUUUAAGGAUGUGGAUCCCAGCAAUGCCAGCGAGAGCAGUAUGAACACCCCGCGGAUGGAUACACUUACGAGCUUAAUUAAGAACCCCACAAAGCAUGUUGUCCAGAAGUACAUGGACGAUGUUACGUAUGAACGUGCUAAGGAGAACCGGUUGAUGAAAGAGCUUAACACAUUGAAUGAAGAGGCAGAUGAAGGGCAGACAACUCAGAAACAGGAAGUGGAAAAAUCAGCAAGGCAACGAAAAGAGGCCGAGCGAUUGAGACGUGAAGCCGAGUAUAGGAAGAGGUUGAGUGGAGAUGACGAGAGCAAUGGCAGUUACGCCGAGAUCCUCGCUCAUCAGGAAAAGAAGAAGCGUGCAGAAAAAGAAAAGAAAAAUAAGGAGAAUAAUAACCGAAACAAGGAAGCAAAACCAGCUCGAGCCCAGAAGCUUGGAGAGAGUGCAGACACACUUUACUCUAUACCAGAGGACACAAGCUUUGAAGCAACAACACCGAGUGCAUUGAAUGAAUCUGAUCUGAUGUUAAAGGCCAAACGUAACCGGCGCCGUCAUGUCAUCGAUCCGCUCAUGGCUAAACUCCACGACAAGGUCAUACACCAACGGGAUAAAAUUGACAAAGAGAGAAAGAAGGAGAUUCGUAGAAUGGACAAACUCAAGAAAUUAGAAAUGUUGCUCAAUGCUAAACAGAAGGGCAGACUUUCUGACAAAGCUAUUGGAGUUGAACUAGACUUGGUGUCGUCAACAACGUCUAUAUCCAUGACAGAUUCGUCCACUCUUUUAGAUACAGAUUCGACUCUCAACUCGCAGGGAGAUUCCAAUGUUGCUGUCGCCGAUACUUCAUCAAAAGAUAGUAGCACCGAUGUACACUUCCAGCCUCCAAAUAAAAGUCGACAAGUAGCAUUUCUGGAUAAGGGUAGGGGCCCAACAAGAGGGAGGGUCCCAAUGAAAGGCCCUGUACAAACAGAAGAUUCAGAGUCGCAAAAUGAAGACAGCAUUUUUCAUCGGCCGUUCUCAGCCAAACAAAGAGGAGAAAAGUUCAGCAGUGAAAAGAAAGGAAAACAGAAAAACAAGAAAACGAAGACGAGUACCGCCGAUAUCUACCAGGAACCGAAACUCAACCGCAGAAAUAAAGAAAACGUGGAAGAGUUUUUAGCACAGAUGGAGGAUAAUGGUAUAGAUGUGGACGAGUUUGAAAAGCCAAGGAAAUCGAGGUCACCAUCGUCACGAAAGUACAAGUCUGUGUCAACCAUGUAUCCUUCUCCCAUACAUGUCAGUCCACCUCGACAACGCAGCAAAAAAUCUGGGAAGGUCACAAUGGUGUCGGAGGCUAUCCAGACAAGCCCCUAUAUCCCCUCUCACAACGACAGAGGGGUCAUUCCAGUUCCUCUGAUGUCACCAGAGAGACGGCAUAAGAAUAUCUCGACCUCACCCACCAGGUCAACCACACGCUCUCCUAUUAGGCAAAGGUCAGCUCACAAAAGUACUGCAUCAUCACGUUCACCUCUAAGGUCAAGGUCAAGGUCAAAGUCACAGGAAAACAAGAGGACAACAUCAUUUGAGAUAAGCAUGUCACCCGACAGGUCAAAGGAGGUUAGGAGGAGGCCAAGGUCACCAUCUCCAAAGACGGACAUUGAUUAUGGAUACAUGUCCAAGGCAGUCCCACCUCCUAAAUCUCGGAUGUUUACUCCGGAAACUCCGGAAGACACCUGUAUAGCCAAACUCCAGGACAGUCCUAACAGGGGCGUGUCCUGGUAUAUUCCUUUGCCUGAAUCCCGACCUUGGAGACAGCCUCUUAAGGAGCAGCAAGCACAUGCUGUGAAACAGAAACCAUGGCAACCGAAAGCUAUGCACCCAGCAGACUGGAAGGCUGUCGUCGGUAGUGACAUUCUCAAUAAAUCACGGGACACAAAGUUUGACCUUGACCCCAAAGGUCAUCGGAAAGACGACGGACAUGUGGAUGCCAACAGCUCUGACGAAGAAAAUUAUGAUCCAAAGCCUUUGAAUAAAAUGUCCUUGCAGGAGGCCUUUAAGACUUUCAAACCAAACACGAUAUCUCGGGUUGGUGAGCGCCAGAAGAGAGUCCUGUUGGCAGCACACGAGCGCCAACUGCAGCAUUACUUGGAACAAGAGCGAAAGGAACUGUUUGACAACCAAGGCAACAAGAAAGAGUCGAACCCCGACGCACAUCCUUAUAGUGAAAAUCUACACAAGCCAAAAAGACGAUCCAUGUCCAAGAAGGAAAUGAAAGAAAUAACCAAGAGGUUGUACAAGAAACUCCCUGAAGUGCAGGCCAUGAAGUAUGUAAAGAAACGAGACGAAGAUUACUCCCUGAAUCGUCUCAGAGCAAGAGUCUUCAAUAGGAAAGUCCAGCGGACUGUAUUACAGAAAUCUGACAAACAAAGUUAGCCUCUUCUUUGAAAAGACCUGGAUUCUUGUAUCAGUGUAGAAUUUGUUUCCAUAGCAUCAUAGACAAGUUAGUUAAUUUAUUCAUAGUGUAGGACCAUCUUACUAGGCAGAUUUGUAAAUAAAUCCUCGAUAAAAAAUUACAUUUCCUUCAAUAUACAUAAAAUUUAAGAUAGUAAUAUCAUUCAAAUUUUAUGUGAAAUAUGUUUUAGAAAUGGAAAAUGGAAAAAAUUGGCAUACAUAUUUUUGGAUAAACAUUUUGUGAAAACGAAAUAUUAUGAAUAAUUCUCAAAUGAGAUGAUGAAUUUAAAAUGUGCCAUAUUUCGGUUAAUUUCAAGAACAUCUGUUAGAAGGACAAUUUGCUACAUGUGUACGUUGGUUUGUGUUUAAAUAUGCUGGUGAGUGUCUGUGAUAUAUUGUGUGUAUCAAAUAUAAUUUGGAUGAGGUUGUCUCGGACAUUUAACUUCUGUGAUAUGUAUAUAUAUAACAUGCUUAGCCUUAAAAUAUGGUGUCAAAAUCUUGACAUAAUUGUAUUUAGUAAUCAAAAGUGGAAAUGUUGUCUACCACUGAAUUUUACCAGUACCUAUAUAGUGCUCAAGCAGCUGGGAAGUCAAAUAGUUUUCCUUUGCCGUCACAUAAUGAAUUUUCUUCGUUAUAUUGCCAAAAACAUUUUUGUGAAAACUAUUCUUGAAAAACAGUGGCAUUAGAAAAUUUUGCUUGCGGCCUGGAAAUACAUUAAUUUUGUAUAUAGACAGUGUUCUGAGACCGAAGUACACAAUUAUAGAUCUGAAAUUGUUAAACAUAUGCCAAUAUCUGUGUAUGUGUGUGUGUGUGUGUGUGUGUGCACAUGGGACCAUGUUUUCGUGGAGUUUAUAUCAGAAAGGUGCCUGUACCUUUUCUUAAACAUUUUUUGUUUGUUAUGUGAAAAUGAGAAGAUAAAUCCUUUGUUUAGAUUCAUACAACAUAAGUAUGUAUUAUGUACAUUUAACUUAAUCAGUUUUUUUUCUUGAUUUUUUUUCUCAUAAUUUUUAUAAAAAAAGGACUAGUCUAUUUAUCGCGGAUGUCACAGAGAUCUUUACAUUUGUGAAUAUACAAAUUAGUGCAUUGCUCUAUAUUAUGAAAGAUUCACCAAGCUUUUUUCGUCCUUACAUAAACUUGAUUCUUUUUGGCCCUGUGGUAAAUUUGUCUACUAUUGCUCUCAAUGAUUUCCAUCGGUAAUAAUAAAAUUCAGCUUUAACCUCAAACUUUAUUUCUAAUGUUGCCCUCUAUUCAAGUGAAAGUUUUCAUAUAUACAGUACAUGUACUAAUUUUAAAAUUUUCCAAUUGGACGUGAAAAGGUAUGGGGUCACCUGCCCGACCGCGUGGGUUUUCCCCGGUACUCCGGUUUCCUCCCACAGUAAGACACCUAACAUGCUUUAUACUGGACCAACAAGCAUGAUUGAUAUAUUACUAAGUUGAUAUAUCUUGUUUCACAAUUGUUGUAAAAUAAAGUUUACAUUUACCAAAAUUUGUGGUUUGAAUUUACGGUUACAAGAUGAUAAUGUAAAAUUAAUAUACUUUUCUACAUUUACAGUUUUAUAGAGAAGCAGAUUUUACAGCAUGAUCUUGAAACCUUAAAAUUUAAACCACAAAUUUAAUGUAUAUGGGGAAACUAUCACUUGACAAGAGGACAAAAAUGUUUUAUCAAUAAUUUUAUUUUACUCCUUACUGACAGUAGUUUGUAGUAGUACAUGUGUCAUGAGUGCUAGAUAUGUAGUCUUACUCAAAUCAGUACAUUCAUUCAGCAUCACUUUGAACUCACUGUACUGUGAAAAUGUCACUUUGGAGAGAAAUUUCUGUAUACAGUAUAUGUAUACACCAAAUGUUUGUUUUUGUUUACACUAGCUAGAAUAAUGUUUGUUAAAGUUUUGUAAUUUAAGUAUAAACUCAGGAAGUCUUAACAGUUUUUGUAGAAGUUAAUUUAAUUCGGAAUCAUUAAAUUUUAGUGAUUAUUUCAUUUUCUACAGAAAUGCAUGACCUUUCCGUCCGAGUUCAUAUUCUUGCGUGUAAUUAUGGAAAAAUAUCAUGUGAAAUUUUGUGUAUACAAAAUGCUAGAAAUUCACAACUUUUAUAAAGAACAAACUUGGCUGACAUUCUGAAUUUAACAUUCAGAUUUGUAGUAAAGUGAAAUUAAUAAUGUAUAUCUCUAUAUACCUACAAACUCAAUAUAAAUAGCAUUAUAGCUAGGUUUUUUAAUUACAGUCUAGAACACUAUUAUCUUGCCAUACUGGAGUAGAUAUAUUUAUUUUGAGUUAAUACUGAUAUACCAGUCCUAAGUUUUAUAUAGGUGUUAAAAAUCAUAAACAACAUUGCCUUAAGGUAGAAUGUCCCAGUGAUCUUUAUUGUAUCUCCUACAAAGAAGAGUUCCAAUAUUUCUGAAUAAGAGUUGCUUCCCUGUAAAGGGACGAAAAUCUAUAACAUAAUUAAACUGUGUAUGAAUAAGGAAAUAAAGAUAAAUUUAUACAAAAACAAUUCUGAUGAAGGUGUGUAAGUGAUGGGACUCUACCUUAAUGACAAGUAUAUGGUAUGAGGUGUAAGUGAUCGUAGUAUUUAUAAAUAAGUGAGUGGGUUAUCAGGCUAACCGAAUAUCAUGGGAAAUAGGUGGUUUUAUAUUUAACAGCUAAAAUACAGUAUGUAUAUUGCAGCAUUAAACGAAAUAAAAUUAUCUGAAUAUGA